AUGGAUAGCUCUUUACUUUCUCCCUCACUCGCAUUUGACCUGAGAUCUCCCGACGACGACUUGCCAUCUCACUUAACUUUAGCAAGUCCACCAUCCUCCCCUCUUAUGGUCUCGCCCCUGUCGCCGAGUCUAUCUCCCCGAGUCUCAUUUGCUUCACAAUCACUCCUCAAGACGCAAUUUGGCACGUAUUCUUCUUAUCUUACGCAGCACUCUCCGGACGCACUUUCACCCGGUCCGGGCUCUGCGACGAGCAGCGACGACUCCCGAUCCCCUGUGGAUAAUUCGCUUGACGUUGACUUCGAUAACAUGGCCGACUUCGAGUACACCUACCCCUUGUCCUUCCAUGGAGUAGGAAACACUGCAUUUGGUGGAGGGGAUGCAUACAACCAUUCUCAGGCGUCAGUGAACGACCGUAAACAGCGUCCUAUUGAGAUCAAUUCUACAGAUGGAGAAAGCAUUUCUGUUGCUUCGCCAUACAUAUUCGGGAACGGCGAGCUUCCAUACAUCAGCGGCCAUCUCAAGCAAGAGUACUACACUCCUCCGAACGUCUCGGACAUGAGUGCCUACAAUUACAUGGGCGUGGCAUCACCCGACCACGCCUCGGCACAGACAUACGCAUACACGUCGUCACCCGAGUCAUCAUUCAUUGACGGGACCGCAUAUUACUCUCCGCCGGCUCCGGUCCACGCGACGGCGCCCAUUCCUAUUAGCGCCCAUUCACAGCAGCAUUCCCCCACAUAUCCGAUGCCUGGUCAUGCUGGGCACUCAGGACACAUCGCCUCAACAUCCGCCGGGCAGGGAGGCUGUGAUCCUCGCUUUGUCAGCGGUUCCCCACCGGAUCUCGAUUACCGCUCCAGGAUUGCACCCGGCUCCGGCCCGAAUCCGACCGGCUUUUCUCCGGUUCGUUUUGCGGGUGCUUUCGGCUCGGCUGAUGCCGAUACCGACGCAGAUGCUGAUGCUGACGGGGAAGUGGAUCUUAAGGACGGGGACGAUUUAAUUGAAGAUGCCAGCGGUGAAGAGGAACGCACAGAUGAUGACGGUGGUGACAGCGACUACAUUGAUGGCAGGCGCCGACUGAGACCUCGUGCUUCGCUCGUUGUCCCUUCUCAAGCAGCCCGGGUUACCGCCUUAACAACACCGGUGGUGGGUUCUUCGGUUGCUACCGCUGUCUCAUCGUCUCCUCGCGACGGCUCGCCGAGUACAGUGAUCCGAGUCCAGCGGCCGUCUGCACCGGCGCCCGUUCCUGUUCCUAAUCUCACCAAGAAGUCACGAGGUCGCCGAGUGCCAACCCAUCCGGGCAUUGUCGUCCAAUCUGACGGCGCCCCACGCCGCACGCGUGGUUAUACCUGCCGAGUGUCAGGCUGCGGAAAGUGUUUCGCGCGCGGUGAACAUUUGAAGAGACACAUCAGGAGUAUCCACACGAACGAGAAACCUCACAAGUGUCCUCACCCUGGUUGCGGUAAGGAGUUCAGCAGACACGACAAUCUAUGCCAGCACAUGCGAGUGCACAGAAAUUUCUCUGCUCCGCGUGAUGGUGGACUUCCUGCUAUGUAG